GGGGAGAAACACACAAGCUGAUCAGAGCUAGAGGAUGGUGGGAGACAUUAGCCUGUGACUGCGCUUGGAUAUUUAUAGAGAAAAAUAAAAUCUAUGCAGAGAAGGCCAACAGCAUCUGCUUGCACCUGAGCCCAGCAUCUUCCUGCAUCCUCCUGUAUCCUCCUGCAGCCUCCCUAGGACCAUGAUCUGCUGCUGAGCUGAUCGCAGAAAACAAUCGAUGAUCCUUCCCUUGUGAAGAAGAUCACAAGAGCUCCUUUGGAUUCACCUCUUUUUCUUUAGAUAAGUUUGUCAUAAAAUCCCUGGAGACUGGUGCUACCGGACUUACUCAGCAUGACCACCCACGUGACGCUGGAAGAUGCGUUAUCUAACGUGGACCUAUUGGAGGAGUUACCACUCCCUGACCAGCAGCCAUGCAUCGAACCGCCUCCGUCCUCCAUAAUGUACCAGGCUAACUUUGAUACCAAUUUCGAGGAUCGGAAUGCGUUUGUAACUGGUAUAGCCAGGUACAUUGAACAAGCUACAGUCCAUUCCAGCAUGAAUGAGAUGCUGGAAGAAGGACAAGAGUAUGCGGUCAUGCUGUACACAUGGAGGAGCUGCUCUAGAGCCAUUCCACAGGUGAAGUGCAAUGAACAGCCUAACCGUGUGGAGAUUUAUGAGAAGACGGUGGAGGUUCUAGAACCGGAAGUCACAAAACUAAUGAAGUUUAUGUACUUCCAGCGUAAAGCCAUAGAGAGGUUCUGCAAUGAGGUGAAGCGCCUCUGUCAUGCUGAGCGCAGGAAGGAUUUCGUGUCGGAAGCCUACUUGCUCACCUUGGGGAAGUUCAUCAACAUGUUUGCUGUACUGGAUGAGCUAAAAAACAUGAAGUGCAGUGUGAAGAAUGACCACUCUGCUUAUAAACGUGCUGCCCAGUUUUUGCGGAAGAUGGCAGACCCUCAGUCUAUACAAGAGUCACAGAAUCUCUCUAUGUUUCUGGCCAAUCACAACAGGAUCACUCAGUGUCUGCACCAGCAGCUGGAGGUGAUUCCCGGCUACGAGGAGCUGCUGGCCGACAUUGUCAACAUCUGUGUGGAUUACUAUGAGAAUAAAAUGUAUUUGACCCCAAGUGAAAAGCACAUGCUGCUAAAGGUGAUGGGCUUCGGGUUGUAUCUGAUGGAUGGAAAUGUCAGCAAUAUUUACAAACUUGAUGCUAAAAAACGGAUAAACCUAAGCAAAAUUGACAAAUUUUUUAAGCAGCUGCAGGUGGUACCUCUCUUUGGAGACAUGCAAAUAGAGCUGGCCAGAUACAUUGAGACCAGUGCUCACUAUGAGGAGAACAAGUCAAAGUGGACCUGCACACAGAGCAGUAUCAGCCCGCAGUACAAUAUCUGUGAGCAGAUGGUACAGAUCCGCGACGACCACAUCCGCUUCAUCUCCGAGCUGGCCCGCUACAGCAACAGUGAGGUUGUGACUGGCUCUGGUCUGGACAGUCAAAAAUCGGAUGAAGAAUAUCGAGAACUGUUUGACUUAGCUUUGAGGGGUCUUCAGCUCCUUUCCAAAUGGAGUGCCCAUGUCAUGGAAGUGUAUUCCUGGAAGUUGGUUCAUCCUACAGACAAAUUCUGUAAUAAGGAUUGUCCUGGCACAGCGGAGGAGUAUGAGAGAGCCACGCGGUACAACUACACCAGUGAAGAGAAAUUUGCCUUUGUGGAAGUGAUUGCUAUGGUGAAAGGUCUGCAAGUGCUCAUGGGACGUAUGGAGAGCGUCUUUAACCAGGCCAUCCGCAAUACUAUAUAUGCUGCCCUGCAAGACUUUGCACAAAGCACCUUGCGGGAACCCCUACGUCAGGCUGUGCGCAAGAAGAAAAAUGUUCUGAUUAGUGUUCUGCAGGCCAUCCGCAAGACUAUUUGUGACUGGGAAGCAGGGCGUGAGCCACCCAAUGACCCGUGUUUGAGAGGAGAGAAGGAUCCUAAAGGUGGAUUCGACAUUAAAGUUCCUCGCAGAGCGGUUGGCCCCUCCAGUACGCAGUUGUACAUGGUGCGUACUAUGCUGGAGUCUUUAAUCGCGGACAAAAGCGGUUCCAAAAAGACAUUGCGCAGCAGUUUGGAUGGGCCAAUUGUACAGGCUAUUGAAGAGUUCCAUAAACAGUCCUUUUUCUUCACUCACUUGCUGAACUUUAGUGAGGCUCUGCAACAGUGUUGUGACCUGUCCCAGCUCUGGUUCCGGGAAUUCUUCCUUGAACUUACCAUGGGUCGACGUAUUCAGUUCCCUAUUGAGAUGUCAAUGCCUUGGAUCCUGACUGAUCACAUCCUAGAGACCAAGGAGCCUUCCAUGAUGGAGUAUGUGCUAUACCCCCUGGACCUGUACAAUGACAGUGCCUACUAUGCCCUCACUAAGUUUAAGAAGCAGUUUCUCUAUGAUGAAAUAGAAGCUGAGGUGAAUUUGUGCUUUGACCAGUUUGUGUACAAGUUAUCUGAUCAGAUCUUUGCCUAUUACAAAGCCAUGUCUGGCAGUGUUUUGCUUGAUAAACGAUUUCGGGCGGAGUGUAAAAACUAUGGGGUAAUUAUUCCAUAUCCCCCCUCCAAUCGCUAUGAAACGCUACUCAAGCAGCGCCAUGUUCAGCUCCUGGGAAGAUCUAUUGACUUGAACAGGCUGAUCACUCAGCGGAUCUCUGCUGCGAUGUACAAGUCUCUUGAUCAGGCAAUCAGCCGCUUUGAGAGUGAAGACCUCACCUCCAUAGUGGAGUUGGAAUGGCUACUUGAUAUCAACCGCCUCACCCAUCGGCUCCUCUCCAAACACCUGACCCUCGACAGUUUUGAUGCCAUGUUCCGAGAGGCCAAUCAUAACGUAUCUGCUCCAUACGGCAGGAAUACGCUGCAUGUUUUCUGGGAGCUCAACUUCGACUUCCUACCCAACUACUGUUAUAAUGGCUCUACAAACAGGUUUGUACGAACAGCCAUUCCUUUCACACAAGAACCACAGAGAGAUAAGCCAGCAAAUGUGCAGCCAUAUUAUCUGUAUGGGUCAAAGCCCCUCAAUAUUGCCUACAGCCACAUAUAUAGCUCAUACCGCAACUUUGUGGGUCCGCCACACUUCAAAACCAUCUGCCGUCUUCUGGGGUACCAGGGCAUCGCUGUGGUCAUGGAGGAGCUGCUGAAAAUUGUCAAGAGCCUGCUCCAGGGAACCAUAUUGCAGUAUGUGAAGACUCUUAUCGAGGUUAUGCCAAAAAUCUGUCGGUUGCCAAGACAUGAAUAUGGAUCUCCAGGCAUCCUGGAAUUCUUCCAUCAUCAGCUGAAGGAUAUAAUUGAAUAUGCAGAGCUGAAGACAGAUGUAUUUCAAAGCCUCAGAGAGGUGGGCAAUGCCAUCCUCUUCUGUCUGCUCAUAGAACAGGCUCUGUCCCAGGAGGAGGUGUGUGAUCUUCUUCAUGCAGCACCAUUCCAGAACAUCUUACCACGAGUUUUCAUCAAAGAGGGGGAACGUCUGGAGGUCAGGAUGAAAAGACUAGAGGCAAAGUACGCUCCACUACAUCUUGUCCCACUAAUUGAGAGACUGGGCACCCCACAGAGCUUCUGUGCAGUCACAUGGUUUUCUCGGGUCUUCCUCCCAAGCAGAGGAACUCAGCAAAUUGCUAUAGCCCGGGAGGGAGAUCUUUUGACCAAGGAACGCCUGUGCUGUGGUCUCUCCAUGUUUGAAGUCAUCCUGACCCGGAUCCGCAGCUACCUGCAGGACCCCAUCUGGCGUGGUCCUCCCCCCACCAAUGGAGUGAUGCAUGUGGACGAGUGUAUGGAGUUUCAUCGACUCUGGAGCGCCAUGCAGUUUGUUUAUUGUAUUCCGGUGGGGACCAAUGAAUUUACUGCAGAGCAGUGCUUCGGAGACGGUUUGAACUGGGCGGGUUGUGCCAUUAUUGUGCUCCUAGGCCAGCAGCGUCGUUUUGACCUCUUUGACUUUUGCUAUCACCUCCUGAAAGUUCAAAGACAGGACGGGAAAGAUGAAAUCAUAAAAAAUGUGCCGCUAAAGAAAAUGGCAGAUCGCAUCCGGAAGUAUCAGAUCCUGAACAACGAGAUCUUUGCAGUCCUCAACAAAUAUAUGAAAUCUGUAGAGAGUGACAGUUCCACAGUAGAACACGUACGGUGCUUCCAACCUCCUAUUCACCAAUCACUGGCCACCACCUGCUGAGAGGGGCAUAGCACAGACCACACUCCGGACGAUAUCGACAAACCCCGUAACGUUGUGGUGCAUGUUCGUCCUGUUUUCACAAUACACCUACAUGAUGCUAUAGAAGCAGCAGGACUGUACAGGAUGUAGCCAUGUAAAGAGGUGUGGCCUGACUUCCAUGUCUGUCACUGUCUGCGGUGACAAAUUUCACAUUAUGACAUCAUCGCCCAGGUCUGAUGAAGUCUGGUGAAAGCAGGGCGGUAUUAAUAGCUUCAUAUUGGUUUGGCCCGACUUUUAAGUAUUUUUAUGAUGUACAACAGACAUUUUCAGGUUGUUACCGGCUUUUGGUCAGUGUGGUCAAUGGGAAUUUGUUUGAUCAAUCUAUUUAUUGUGACGCUGUACAGUGUUGUGGUAAUCUCAUCUGCUUAAAGACUAUCUUGCCAAUUUGUCAACUUCUACAGUACAUGUUAACGAUCGAUUUUAUUUUGUUUGAGUGGCCAAUGAUCUGAGAAACUUUAUCCCCAUAACGGAAAACUCCAUGUGAUGCUCAAAAUUUACUAUGGAGUGGAGGGUGAUUAGGCAGCUUGCUGUGUUCAGAUACUUACCUUCUGAGGCCUACUGCAAAGUUUGCCCAUCAUUAGCCCAACUACGCCCAUCCCACUCCUUCCUACCACUACAUUGAUCAGAGUUUUCAAAGGAAGAUUUGAUGAUACCAUGUAACUAAUAAUAAAAGCAACAGGAGGAAUUUUUUUUUUAGUCCUACCACAAACAAUAAAAUCUCAUAAUGUAGUAUGAGGGCUUGCCUGAUUGGAUCGUUUAGGUAGGUUUUCAUAAUACAUCGUUUUAGUCAAUUUAGAGGAUAUUGUAGAGCCAGAUUGUAACAUGUAUGGUAAGCGUAAGGUCGCAACAUGAGAUCCCAAAGAGUAAAUAAAAUGUAGAAUGAA